CCUCUCUCUCUCUUCCACACUUCCUGCGGCCCUGUUACUUCCUCCUUCAGCCUGCAUAUGACACUGGUCCCUCCUUUUUUAUUUAAUGACAUUUUAUCUUAUAAGCUUUCACGUCCUUUGUGCUCCGUCUCCCAGCGCAAUCUGGCAGUCCCACCAUAAUCACAUCAGCCUCCCCUCGCAACCCCGCAGUCAGCCACUCGCUGCUUAUCAUAAGCCGCCGUUGCAAGACUCCCAAGCACUCAGUAAAGGCACGCGGUUGGUCGUCUUUCUAAUCGAAAAUAGACAACACACGAUAUUAGAUCCCCAUUCUCCCUCCUCUCGCUGAGACAGCGAAAAUCUCAUCGAGCUCUCUCCAUCUUGCAUCUUUACAACACUCUUACAACGCCAUUCGAGACGCCUUAAAUGGCAGCACAAACACCACCGGCCGGCCGGCCUAAGGUCCAGCCUUGCCGAUACAAGACGGGGAAGACACUGGGCGCCGGUUCGUACUCGGUGGUAAAGGAAUGCGUGCAUAUUGACACCGGUCAGUACUAUGCGGCUAAGGUGAUCAAUAAGCGAUUGAUGGCGGGACGAGAACAUAUGGUUCGGAAUGAAAUCGCCAUCCUGAAGAGAGUGUCGAUGGGUCACCAGAAUAUCCUGACAUUGGUGGAUUAUUUCGAGACCAUGAACAACCUGUACCUAGUCACCGAUCUUGCGCUGGGUGGGGAACUGUUCGAUCGCAUCUGUCGCAAGGGGAGCUAUUACGAGUCGGAUGCUGCUGAUCUCAUACGCGCAAUCCUGUCCGCAGUGGCCUAUCUGCACGAUCACGGAAUCGUGCACCGCGAUUUGAAACCCGAGAACCUUCUAUUCCGCACCCCGGAAGAUAACGCGGAUCUGCUGAUUGCGGAUUUUGGCCUUUCGCGUAUUAUGGAUGAGGAGCAAUUCCACGUCCUAACCACCACUUGUGGCACUCCGGGGUACAUGGCCCCCGAAAUAUUCAAGAAGAGCGGCCAUGGGAAGCCAGUGGAUAUCUGGGCUGUUGGCGUGAUCACCUACUUCUUGCUCUGCGGAUACACUCCCUUUGACCGCGACUCAAACCUGGAAGAGAUGCAGGCCAUCCUUGCAGCUGACUACGCCUUCACACCACUGGAGUACUGGCGUGGAGUGUCUCAGAGCGCCCGGGACUUCAUCAAACGAUGCCUGACCGUGGAGCCGAAUGCGCGCAUGACCGCCCACGAAGCACUACAACAUGCCUGGGUCAACCCGCCUUACGACCCAUCCGCAGAGCUCGGCACCGGCGAAGACCUCCUUCCCACGGUCAAGAAGAACUUCAACGCCCGCCGGACGCUCCACAAAGCGAUCGAUACCGUCCGUGCCAUCAACAAACUGCGCGAAGGUGGCGGCUUGAUGAUGGACGGCGUCAUGAGCGUUGACCCCAAGCCGGAGCGGGUAAACGGAAACGAAGUCAUGGAGGAGCAACACCCUACCCCGCCGCGACAAGUGUACGACCAGAACAUGGAAGUCGACAGUCGUGGAGAUGCCCGCGGCCAGACAGAGCAACAGAUUCGCGACCAGGAACGCCGGGUUAAAGAUAUGGUGGCGGGAUUGUGGACUCGGUCUGGAAAGAAAUGAAAGACAGAGAGAAAGAGAGAGAGAGUCAUGAACAUAUAGACGUAGCGGAGAUGCUUUUAUGCUUUUUUCUUGUUUCCUUCCCCAUUCCCCUUUUUCCCAAGCGGGUUUUAUUUAGCAUAUUUGUCUUUUCUGCUGAAUACUAC